CCCAAACCAGAAGCUCGCUCACUGGUCAGGAAGCGCGAAACACUCCGGCCUCCACAGCUGAGUCGAAAAGCCAUGUCCCUCCUUCCCUCCACCUCCAAGCUUUGCUCUUUCCACCCUCCAAACUCUAUCCCUACCCGCGUACUCCCUUAUCCUCGUCCCCAAACACUCCGAAUCCUCGGCGCCAAGAGGGCCGGCAAGCGGAGGUACCCGUCGGAGAAGAAGGAGCUGAAACUGAAGCAUAAGGAAAUCGCAGGGGACGUCAAGAACAAGUACGAGGGCAUCUGGAGGCUGUCCAAGCUCGGCGUCUCCGUCGACAAGGACCCGGGAAAGGACUUUCUCGGCGUCUCCGAUGGCUUGCUCGAACAGAUUGCCAAAGUACUCGAAUUUCCGGUUCCUUCGAUGCUGCCGACGGAGGCGUUCACGGUGGUUCGGAAAUCUUUUGAUGCAAGGAAGAGGCUGAAAGAACCGAAAUUCGUAUACAUUGUGGAAAUGGAUGUCGACAAACUUCUGAGUCUCGAGCCUCGUGCUUGGGACUUCAUUUCUGAGUUGGAGCCGAAAGUUGGGCUAGUAGAACACAUGCCUGAAGCUAGAAAAUCUGGAGAUUUGAUCAAUAUAAUACAGGACUUUAAGAAAGUCCAUCAAGGUAUAGUUUCAAGAGGAAGUGGCAAUAACAGGAGCAAUGGGUCUGAAGGAUCACACACGCAUCCCACAGCUAAAAAACCAAAAAUUGCGGUGGUGGGUAGUGGACCAUCAGGGCUGUUUGCCGCCCUUGUUCUUGCAGAAUUUGGUGCAGAUGUUACGUUACUAGAAAGAGGUCAGCCCGUUGAACAGAGGGGCCGCGACAUUGGCGCUCUGGUUGUCCGCCGGAUGUUACAAACAGAAAGCAAUUUUUGCUUUGGGGAGGGUGGUGCAGGUACCUGGAGUGAUGGAAAGCUGGUGACAAGGAUUGGAAGAAACAGUGGCAGUGUUUUGGCGGUUAUGGAAACGUUAGUUCAUUUUGGGGCUCCCGAAGGAAUCUUGGUUGACGGAAAGCCUCAUCUGGGAACAGAUAGAUUGGUUCCAUUACUUCGCAAUUUUCGGCAACAUCUGCAACAGCUGGGUGUUACCAUAAAGUUUGGGACUAGGGUAGACGAUCUCCUUGUAGAUAACGCACAAGUUGUAGGUGUCAGAGUUUCUGAUUCGGCUGACAAUAGUCAGAAAUGGGGAUAUGAUGCUGUUGUUCUAGCUGUUGGGCAUUCUGCACGCGAUUUUUAUCAAACACUUCUAUCUCAUAACAUAGACUUGAUCCCGAAAGAUUUUGCUGUUGGCUUGCGUAUUGAGCAUCCUCAAGAAGUAGUAAACAGCUUACAGUAUUCUGGAUUGGCAACUGAGGUUCGCAGAGGACGUGGUAAAGUGCCAGUGGCAGAUUACAAGGUUGCCAAAUAUGUUAGUGGAAAGGAUGGGGAAGAACCUUCAGGGGCAACAAGUCGUAGUUGCUAUUCCUUUUGUAUGUGUCCUGGUGGUCAGGUUGUUCUCACUAGUACAAAUCCAUCUGAAAUCUGUAUCAAUGGCAUGUCAUUUUCUAAACGUGCGUCGAAGUGGGCAAAUGCUGCACUUGUUGUAACAGUCUCAGCGAAAGAUUUUGAUGUUUUGAAUCUCUGUGGACCUCUUGCUGGGGUUGAGUUUCAGAGGGAAUUUGAGCAAAGAGCAGCUAGAAUGGGCGGGGGGAAUUUUGUGGUGCCAGUGCAGACAGUUACGGAUUUUAUGGACAAUAAGUUGUCAGUGACUUCUGUGCCACCAUCAAGUUAUCGAUUAGGAGUGAAGGCAGCAAAUCUCCAUGAGAUUUUCCCCAUUCAUAUAACAGAGACGUUGCAGCAUUCACUCUCUGUGUUUGACAAAGAGUUACCAGGUUUUAUAUCCAAGGAGGCCCUUCUUCACGGAGUGGAGGUAAUCCCAGUAUUUAAUAUUUGUUUUAACUUUUAGUUUCUUUUUAUAUUAACUGGAUAUUGAUCGUGUUACAUAACAAAUAAUCUGGUUGUAUCUC